CUUCCUCUCACCUGGGUUACAAAAAAGCAGCAGCUCUUGCCUCUCCCGGCUGCUCACUAGCACUGUCCUCAUUCUCCCCCCCAAACAAGCCAAAAAAAACACUUCGGACCCCGUCUCUGUCAUCUCUGAAUGAGUAUUUGCCCUAUAGUGUAAGGCUGAGAUAAAGCAAGCCAACCUACCGAGUACAACUGCUCUGCUUUGGACCGUGACCCCUUCCCCAGCCCCGUACGACUAUAGCUGUAACCAUGGACCGCAUGGAGCUGAAGAAAGUCUGCACGGAGGCAGACGAUGACAGCACAGCCAGUUUGGACGACCGCUUCACAGAGCCCAUCGACUCAGAGAAGGCCACCAUCAACAGUCACUUCCUGGAUGAGGAUGGAGACGCAGAGAGCCACAAAUUUCUCACUAAUGGGAUUAUGAAGAAGAAGAAGUACGAGGAGUAUCAAGAAGAAUACCACCCAGGACAUACCUCCUUUGGUAUGUCGGUCUUCAACCUGAGUAAUGCGAUCAUGGGCAGCGGCAUCCUGGGUCUCUCCUACGCCAUGGCCAACACUGGCAUUGUGCUUUUUGUAGUCCUUCUCUUGGGUGUGGCCAUCUUGUCGUUGUACUCCGUUCACUUGCUGCUAAUGACUGCAAAAGAAGGAGGCUCUCUCAUCUAUGAAAAGUUGGGAGAGCGAGCUUUUGGCUGGCCAGGGAAAAUGGCUGCUUUUGGAUCGAUAACCCUUCAAAAUAUUGGUGCCAUGUCCAGCUACCUCUUUAUUGUAAAGUAUGAACUGCCAGAAGUGAUCCGUGCCUUCAUGAGACUGGAGCAGAACUCUGGUGAAUGGUACAUGAAUGGAAACUACCUGGUUGUGUUUGUGUCCAUCGGUAUCAUCCUGCCUCUCUGCAUACUCAAAAACCUGGGCUACCUUGGCUACACCAGUGGAUUCUCUCUAUCCUGCAUGGUGUUUUUCCUGGGAGUGCUGAUCUAUAAGAAGUACAACCUCCCCUGCCCGAUGCCCUUCAUGUACCAUCAUGCCAACCACAGUAUGAAUGGAACAGCCCUGGGGCCCCACGCCCUGCACAACGGCACCGUCCUCAUGGAAUUCUCCAGAGCUGACAUGUCCCCCGCCUCCUACCUGGACGGCCACCACACCUCAGGGGUCCGCUUCGAACCACACCCCGACGACGUGGAGGAGAUGUGCACGCCCAAGUACUUUGUGUUCAACUCUCAGACUGCUUACACUGUUCCCAUCCUGGCCUUCUCCUUUGUGUGCCACCCUGAAAUUCUACCCAUCUACAGUGAACUCAAAGAUCGCUCCCGGAGAAAGAUGCAGAACGUGUCCAACCUGUCCAUUCUGGCCAUGCUGGUCAUGUACAUGCUCUCAGCGCUGUUCGGCUACCUCACUUUCUACGAAAACGUGGAGGCAGAGUUGCUCCACACCUUCACCAAGGUGUAUAAGUUUGACACCAUGCUCCUGCUGGUCCGUCUGGCUGUCCUGACCGCUGUCACCCUGACUGUCCCCAUUGUCCUGUUCCCUAUCCGUUCCUCCAUCAAUACCAUGCUGUUCAGCCAACGGGAGUUCAGCUGGGUGCGUCACAUGCUCAUCGCCGCCUUCAUCCUCCUGUUCAACAACCUGCUGGUCAUCUUCGUCCCCACCAUCAGAGACAUCUUCGGCUUCAUCGGCUCCUCUGCAGCCACCAUGCUCAUCUUCAUCCUCCCUGCUGCCUUCUAUCUACGCCUGGUCAAGUCCGUGCCGAUGCGCUCCGUGCAGAAGAUCUCGGCAGCCAUUUUCCUGGUGGUGGGCAUCAUCUUCAUGUUUAGCAGCCUGUCGCUCAUCGUGAUGGACUGGAUCCACAACCCUCCCGGCUCCGGCGGUGGUCACUAAGAGGACCCCCCUUACCUCCACCCCCUCUCACCUCAAACCCCCUCCCCUGACUGUGCCUUGGGGGUAAGGUCACCGGGCCCGGGGGUGCCCCCACACAUCACCCACAGACUGAGUACAUCAGCGUACUGUAAAGGGGCGGUUCGCUUUUCUCAACCCCCACCCCUUUCCACAAAGUAUUACUGGAGGGGACUACGUUCUACAACUUAAACAGACUCUUUUAAGUUUGUUAUUCUUUUUCUUUCUUGUUGUUGUUGGAUGGUUUAGUUCUAUAGAAUCCUCCACAACAGGGACUUGCCGAAAGGACACAAAGUAAUCAAGAAGGACGGUCAGAAACGGGAGAAAAGACAGCAGACGCUGUGGCUGUUGCUGCGCGCCCUGCCAUAGUUGUCUAGAUAGCCCAUCAUCCCUACUCUGUGAUAUUACCUGAGCGAAGGAAAAAUACGAGCAGGGACCUCAACCAUUAAACUGUCAAGAGAACCCAAAGAGAAUGAGAGCUGAUCUGAGAGCUGCCACUAUUGGAGCUGGUUGUGACUGCAGGCGUGGCUUCAGGGCCAUGGGCUCUGCACACUUGAAGAUUAGAGAGAGAGAGAGAGAGAGGUGGGACAAGGGUUCAAAAACAAAGAGCACUUUUAGCAUAUGUUUCAAGUUUUUAUGUAUUUUUAACACAUCCAGACACACACAAAAAACACACACAUACAGCAUGCCAUCUACACUAAUUGGAGCUAUUUUGCUUACUGUCAAAAUAUAUUUUUGUACACCUAGGGGGAGUAAGCAAAGUCGAUGUAACGGUACAUAUGACAGGUGUAUCUUUUUCCGAGCUAGAGCCUGGAAAAAGUUGUUCUGAGGGAUAUUUGUAAACUAGGUUUGGUAAAGUAGUUUAUAUUGUAUUUUAUACUUUUACAAUCAAUCAAAUCACCACAGUUUAUGUGCACACACAUAUUUCUCAGUGGCCAGUGUGUUGCUCUCAAACAUCCCUUGACAGCAAUCAUGAGGUCAGACGUUAGCAAUCAUACACAUUGACAGACACAUACACCAAGUUAAAAUUUUCAGCCAUGUCCAUUCUCCCAAUCAACACUUAACGCGAUGAUCAACACACACUGUCAGCCAUUUUGAAACAGCCGUGUAGACUGAGCUUCAAACAAGAGACUACAUUCAGUGUUAUUGUCGCAGAGAUUUGAAUGUUGCUGAGUUUUGAAUGUACCGGUACUUGGCCAAUGGUCUACUGAUCUACUGAAUGACAGUUUACGUGUUUCUUUCUUUGCCUUCUUGUUCACUCUUGUCCAAUGUGUCACGCUACAGAGCCCUUGGGUCAAUUGCAGCGAACAUUACCAGGAGAUGAGCUCAUGUUAUUGGCUUGAGAUAAUUUUCAACUUGUAACUCCAUCUCUUCCUAAACUUCAUGUGAAGUAAACUGCUAUGAAAUACAACUAGUGAACGCUAGUUUCAGUGAAGAGGAACAACAACAGAACUCUAUGAGAGUUAAAGAAGGUCUACUGGCAGUAUACCAUACAGGUUAUUUAUCUAUUUGACUUGGCACAGCGAUCCUAUAACCCAUGAGAAUGUUUUUCUUCUAUCCCAGUGUGUAAAACGAUAUCUUGUGACAAAAUUCAAUUGUGGGAAAAAUAUUCUGGGUAAAAUAAGCAAUGGAUUGGACCUCCAGACUGUGCUGUUUCUGAGACACAAGAUACAUUGUUUUAUCUGUGUUUGCAGUUCACACCUUAAAGGGGAAAUCUGCAGUUGCUACAUUUUUUAACUUAUAAAUUAAUGAUUUGUA